AUGAAUUCCACUGAAAUCUCUUUUGGAAUGGUGAUUCUCUUGCAAUUUGGCCUUGGGCUAUCGGUGAACAUCUUCCUCAUCCUGUUCUAUAUCCAUGUGGUCUCCACCAGCCACAAGCCCAGCCCCUCUGACUUGAUCCUGGCCCACCUAGCCUUGGCUAACACCAUCAUCCUCCUCACCAGUGGAAUCUUAGAGACCUUGUCAGCUUGGGGCCUAAGAAAUUUCCUGGACGAUGUUGGAUGAAAAAUCCUUAUUUAUCUCUACCGAGUAGCCUGGGGUCUUUGCAUCUGCACCACCUGCCUCCUGAGCAUCUUCCAGGCCAUCACCAUCAGUCCUGGCACCUUCUGGUGGGCAAGAAUCAAAACCAAAUUGCCCAAGUGCAUCCUCCCCUCCUGUGCUCUCUCUUGGGUCAUCAAUCUGCUCAUAGACUUGGAUAUACCCAUAUACAUGAGAAGCCCUCAGAACAACAGUGGCAAUGUUCGAACCAUAUUAGAUCUCAAAUACUGCUGUGAAAUCAUCAAAAGUGCAGAAACCACCUUGGCCAUUACAGUCAUGCUCUCUUUCCGGGAUCUGUUCUUCGUGGGGCUCAUGAGCACGGCCAGCCACUACAUGGUGCUUGUCCUGCACAGACACCACCGGCAGGUUCAGCACCUCCAAGGGCCCGGUCACUCCCCCAGGGAGAUGCCUGAGGUCAGAGCAGCCAAGAGAGUCACUGCCCUGGUCACUGCCUACAUCCUCCUCUACGGAAGACAGACCAUCAUGCUGAGUGUUUUCCAGCAUGGCUCAGUGGAAAGAGCACGGGCUUUGGAGUCAGAGGUCAUGGGUUUGAAUCCCCGCUCUACCCCUUGUCGGCUGUGUGACUUCGGGCAAGUCACUUAA